AUGUUUAAAAACCCCUUCAAUUGAUGGAAACGACGCGUUGUCCCUUGCAACACCCCAGUUUUUGCAUCAGAAAGCCCAUCAAACUCCUCUUUAAGAGCAAGCCAUGAAUAUGUGAACAUAAACUUUGACUCAAGUAUUAGGGAUAGAGAUAGAACAGCCUUAGUGGAUGACUUGUCAUCACUGGAAAAACUCUCAUUUUUGCCUUUGCCGAAUGGGAAAAGUGUAAAUAGCUAUUCAAAGUUCGAUUUGAAUAAUUUUUCACUCAAUUUCAACAACAUGUUGGUAAAAUCUAAACAGAAUGACAUUGGAAAAUUGCCAAUCGAGUACUUUGACGUCAUUCUUUAUGACUUUUGUCGAGAAACUCUAAAUAAAGACCUCGACAAGAAUUGUAUAAAAUUAAUCAAAAAACUCCAUCACAUUUAUAGGUUACAGUCAAGUGCAAUGGACCUUAAAGAAGCUGAAGCGGUUUUGCUGAAUGAAAAUUUACAGGUGAUUACUGAAAAAAAUCCAAACGCAAUCAACGAUUAUAAUUUGGUAAAAGAAGCUUUAAAAAUCUUAUCCUCCAUUGCAAUAAAAUGAGGCUUCAUAAGAAUAGAAGAUUACUUGUAUAGGCUAGUUGGGAAUGGAGCUAAUGUAUGUAUGCUUGAUUUAAAAGAAAUAAACUCAGAAAUAUUUUCAGCUGAAUCGAUUUGACUAGCAAUAAAUCUUCCAAAAGAGCCUUUGUGUAACUUAGCCGAUGACCAGCUAAUGCAGAAUUCACAAACAUUGAUAUCACAGCUGCCAGAACUGAUUGGCGCUUUGGUCGCACUCAAUAAAGACUGCGAUUUCUCUACAACUCCUUCUAUAGCUGGAUUAGUAGCUUCAAAGAACUCCGAAGUAGAAGUUUUAACAGGAAUUUCUCCUGAUUACAAUGCAAAUAUAUACCAUUCUUAAUUAUUUCACAAUUUUUUUCAUAUAAAUCCUCCUCCUUUUUGCAUUUUAAUUAAAUCGCUAUAGUUGACUACGCCCAAUUAAAACUGAAGCACGGGGUGUUUAAAUGCUUCAACAAAAACAAAUUCAGAGACGCUGUCAACAACUUGUACAAAAAACUCAAAGAAUUCGAGUCUGUCUUCCGACAUUUCGAAUAUGGACUUAUUUCAAAUCUGGUAACAAUAACUCAAAAUAAUGAAACUUAA